CGUACCAAGCUUUCAACUGCUAUAUGCUUUGUUUGUGGAAAAGGCGAUGACGUGUGGAAAGAAACUGAAGAUCCUUUAGCAAAACAUAAAAAAAUAUCCCCUUCGUGCCCAUUUACUGUAAAAUCACUUUUAAAAAACCGAUUGUUAACUUUUUCUUCGUGGCCUCAUAAAGCUCCUUAUAAAGCACUUCCUGAAGAUCUAGCGAGGCAUGGAUUUUACAAAACGAAUAGUUCUAAAAAGUUAGAUGAUACUUGCGAGUGUUUUAUGUGCGGAGUUUCUCUAAAUUUUUGGGAAGAGAGCGACAUUCCUUGGGUUGAGCAUUACAAACGUUCCCCUGAAUGCCCCUUUGCAGUCGAAUUUGUUAAAGAUAUAGGUAAUAAAAAAAGUGCUGCUGGCUUGGAAAAGCCUUCAAAGCGUUUAGCUGCGAUCACCGAAGAGCAUUUAUCGCUAGCUAAAAGAACUAAAAAAAAUUUUGAAAUUGAUUUGGACCAAGACCACAAUAUUAAUAAGAAUUCUACAUAUUUGAAUUCUAAUAAUAAUAAUAAUAACGAUAAGGGCAUUAAAAUUGAUGAAGAACGCGUACCACUAUUAGUGCUUCACUCUAAAGGCAGUGAAGGGGAGUCCACCAUUUCUAGCGAUUUCCAAGCAGCGGAAAUUUUACAUGCGGAAAAUCACGUAAGUAAAAUUAACCACAGUAAAGAUGCACAAGUUUUUGGCGAAGAAUUUUGGACUGAAACGGUCGAUCAGUACAUAAAGAAAUUAUUUUCUGAGAAAAGAUUAAGAGCAGUUCACGAGGCUGGAAUAAUUGUUAAUGAUUUUAAGCAUAAAGCGGAUGCCACUCGCGCUUAUUUAUUGGAUUGUCUUUUAACUGAAAGAAAAUGA